UUUUUCCCUUUAAAUGCCGAAGCAGAAAGAAAGCGGGAAUGCGUACAGCUCUUUGCUUCCCCUCUCUGUCCUUGCUCUGCCUCCUAUAGUCUUCAUUAACUUCGCCAUUACUUCUCUAUUAUUCUCUAUUUAUCUCUCUCGUCUUUUUGAGAUCUGCGUGUUUGUGAGGCAUUUGGUUUUGAGAUUAGGAGCUGUGAAUGUUAGAGGUGAGUUUCUGAAUCUCCUCCUGCAAUAAUCAGAUCUUCAUUUCUAUGGUUACCGAUAUGGCUCCACCUAUUGAGACCACAAACAAGACUCAUGUCUCUCAACAGUCCUCACAUCCACCUCUUAAUGAGAGGAUACUUUCAUCAAUGACCAGGAGAUCUGUUGCUGCACACCCCUGGCAUGAUCUAGAGAUUGGACCUGGAGCUCCAAAGAUAUUCAACUGUGUGAUUGAAAUAGGAAAAGGGAGCAAGGUGAAAUAUGAACUUGACAAAAAAACUGGACUCAUUAAGGUUGAUCGUGUUCUUUACUCUUCAGUUGUGUACCCUCACAACUAUGGCUUCAUCCCUCGUACUCUAUGUGAGGACAAUGAUCCCCUGGAUGUCUUGAUUAUCAUGCAGGAACCAGUGCUUCCAGGAUGCUUUCUUAGGGCUAAAGCUAUUGGAGUUAUGCCAAUGAUUGAUCAGGGUGAGAAAGAUGAUAAGAUAAUUGCUGUUUGUGCUGAUGAUCCUGAGUACCGCCACUACAAUGAUAUCAAGGAACUCCCACCACAUCGCUUGGCUGAGAUCCGUCGCUUCUUUGAAGAUUACAAGAAAAAUGAAAACAAAGAAGUUGCGGUUAAUGACUUCCUUCCAGCCACUGAUGCCUACGAAGCAGUUCAGCAUUCCAUGACUCUCUAUGCGGACUACAUAGUGGAGAGCCUGAGGCGGUGAUUUCAAAUGCAUAAAGAAGUGAGAUUUUGGGCUGUAAUCCCUCUUUUAAAAGAUGCCUACAUAUAGUGUUCUAUCACCCCACGUGUGCUUUAAUAAUAGUACAUUUUCUACAUGGAUUGCUUAUUAUGUUAUCUCUAUAAUUCAAGGAUGAUGACGACGACGACAAAAACAAAAGUGAUCAAAAUCUAUGUUAAAUCUAUACUACAGUUAAUAUUUGGGAGUAAGAGAAGAGAAAUUACUGUUUGGUUCAA